AUGUUAAAUACUCCGCACGAUUCCGUUCGCACCGCGGCGUUACAAAAACGCAACCCAACGUUAGCAGAAGUUCUACUCAUAGCUGAAUCAUUUGAGAGCACAACGAAAGCAGUUCAGUCUCUUAAGGAACCGCUGGCCUCUUCAGGCGAAGCCACUUCAUUGGUAAACGCAGUUCAAAGCUCAAAAGCUUCUCUUACAUCUCGGGUUAGUAACAAUAACAAGCAGAGUAUGUACAAGUCAUGCUCAGGCUGUGGUAGCUCACAUAGCCGCGAGCAGUGUAAAUUUAAAAAUGCUGUGUGCCGUAAGUGCGGUAGAGUAGGGCAUAUAGCACCGGUAUGCAUGUCGAAAGGUGCGAACAAGAACAUGAAGAAAAACACAACUGAGCAACAAUGCACACAGAAAACUUCCAAGCGAAACAACAAACAUAGGUGUAAUGAGGUGGAUACAAUCGAAACAAUUUACUCCGUGACAGGCAUCGUGAAGCAGCAGAAAAAUAAAAAUUUCAUCGACUUAAAAGUAAUGAAUAAACUAAUAAAGUUCCAGAUGGAUUCCGGUGCGUCUCUUUCUAUUAUAACGUUAGAAACUUACAAAGAACUAAAUAAGCCACCACUCAGCCCGUGUAAUAGGUCGAUAUUCGGAUUCGGCAACAACAAAAUCCACACUCUUGGGGAGCUAAAAGUAAAUGCCAUAUGUGGUGCAAAACAAAAGCAAGUCAAUUUGGUGGUCGCUCGCGUGCACAGUGGUAAUAAUCUGUUCGGUGCAGAUCUUUUCGAAGCCUUUGGGUACAAAAUAAAACAAGUGCUCAAUAUUAAUGACUCAAUGCGCGAAGUAAAUGCGCUCUUAGAAAAAUACAGUCGAGUUUUUGAGCCAGCCCUAGGCACCGUAAACAAUUUUAAAGCAGGUGUUAAACUAAAACCCGAUGCCCUGCCAAAAUUUUUUAAGAGCAGGCCUAUUCCGUUCGCACUCAUGCCUAAAUUCAGCGAAGAGGCAAAUAGGCUGGUUAACGCUGGAAUUUGGAAACCGGUGCAAUUUAGUGAGUGGGCAUCACCUAUAGUUCUCGCGUCAAAGCCCGACGGUUCAAUUCGGAUAUGUGGAGACUUUAAGGUGUCGAUAAACAAACAAAUUGAUGUCGAGCGCUAUCCGUUGCCAACGCGGGAAACCUUGCUUCAUGUAGUGCGGUACGGCAAGCAGUUUUCUAAAAUAGAUCUGAAAGACGCAUAUUUGCAGUUAGAGUUAGACGAAGAAGCAAAACAGGUUUUAGUGGUGAGCACGCCUUUGGGGCUAUUCCAGUUUCAACGCAUGCCAUAUGGCAUCGCAAGCGCCCCAGCAAUUUUCCAAAAAUUUUUGGAGCAGCUUUUACAUGGUAUUGAGGGUUGUGCAAAUUAUCUAGACGACAUCAUUGUGACCGCACCAACAGUCGCAGAGCACCUAGAGCGAUUAAAUGAAAUUUUCAUGCGCCUCCAAACCAGUGGUAUAAAAUGCAAAAAGGAAAAGUGCAUGUUUCUCCAAGACGAAAUUGAGUAUUUAGGCAGAAGAAUCAGUGCUAGGGGUAUUUCACCAGACGAGGCAGGGGUGAAGGCUGUUAGAAAACUACGCAGUCCGCAAAAUCUUAAUGAUCUUGAAGCCUUCCUAGCGCAACAUGGGAAUGCCGAUGCACUGUCGCGGUUACCUAUCGCAACUGAUCCACAGUUCGACAAAGCCGAAGCUUGCUUUAAUGUGGAUCAUCUCGAAACACCUGUAAACCCCAAGUUGAUACGAAAACAUCUAGAAGCAGAUGACAUUCUAAAGAAAGUUCGCAGCCUUAUACGUAAUGGCUGGCCGAAGCACCUAACCGCAAGCGAUUCGCAUAUUGGCCAAGCAAACCGAGUUGUUAUUCCAAUUUCAUUGCGCAAACGUAUUUUGCAGCUUUUACAUGACGGCCACUGGGGCGUUGUGAAGAUGAAGCAGCUUGCGCGCAGCUACUGCUGGUGGCCCGGUAUUGACAAAAACAUCGAAAACGUUGCUAAGGAGUGCGAAAGUUGUAAAACUAAUUCAUCUAGCCCAGCUUGUGAGUACAGUAAUUGGCCAGUAGCCACGCGACCAUGGGAGCGUGUUCACAUUGAUUUUGCCGGCCCUAUAUUCAAUUAUAUGUGGCUCGUGUGCGUAGACCCGUACUCUCAAUACCCCUAUGUGACACAAAUGAAAACAACGACGACAGCUGACACCAUUAUGGCGCUCUCCGCUAUAUUCGCUAUUGAAGGGCUCCCCGAAACGCUAGUCAGCGACAAUGGGCCACAGUUAACGGCCGAUCUCUUCAAAAAAAUUUUGUGCCGGCAAUGGCAUAAGGCAUAUCACAUCAGCUCCUUUCCACCCUGCGUCAAAUGGCUUAGCUGA